AUGCCAAAUUUACGUAGUUUCGAUAUACAUCAUGAAGAUUCUAUACAAGAUAAUCAUAUACUGUAUCAUAAUUUAAUGGAAGAAUUUAAUUCAUUAUUUUGGAUUGAACGACAAUGGUUUUUUACUCAUCAACAUGAUUGGCAACAAAGAUUAGAUAGUGGAAUAUUUUAUUCAACAAAUCCAUAUCGAAGAAAAGAUUAUACAUUUUAUUGGGAAUUAGAACAACAAUUAUGCCCACAUAUUCAAGAAAAUAAUUUAAAUUCAGUUAAACAUAUUCAUAUUUGUAGUAAACAAGCUAGAAAUAAUUGUAUUAAUUAUUUUCCAAAUGUAACUGAAUUAACAAUUAAACAUUUUUUUCAAACAUCAGAUCAUUCAAUUUCAAUAACUUUGAAUCAAAUGAUUCCUUUAAAACAAUUAACUAAAUUAGUUAUUGAAUCUGAUCAUUUUCCUUUUGAUGAAAUUGUGUUGUAA